AAAGAAUGCCAAUGUACUGGCUUCCUGUAUAUGCCAUUCUUUUGUUUCUUUCUUGGCCUGUGCUUCUGUUCGCGUCUGACCACCGCCUUAUCCCUGGCAAGCCGCUCUUCCCUGGUAGUGUUCUUAUCUCCCAAGAUGGAGUGUUCGCGCUAGGUAUCUUCUCCACAUCAUCAAACCAUUCCUAUAUGGGAAUAUGGUACAACAGCAUCCCAGAGUUCACCGUGGUAUGGGUCUCCAACCGUGCUGCACCAAUCACGGAUCUUUCCUCUGCAAAUCUUGCCGUGACCAUCGGCUCCAACCUAGUCCUGUCUGACAGCAAUGGCUGUGUUCUUUGGACAACGCACAGCAGCAUCAGCGUCGUCAAUUCCUCCAUAUCAGCAGAAGCCAUGCUGGAUAACAGCGGGAACUUCAUCCUUCGAUCAUCGGCUGCUGGUAGCUCUGCCGUGCUAUGGCAGAGCUUCGACCACCCCACCAACACUCUCCUUCCCGGCAUGAAUCUUAGGCUCAGCCACAAGAUGCACCCACUGCAGCACCUCGUUUCUUGGAAAGGCCAGCAGGAUCCAUCCCCUGGCGAGUACUCCUACGGUGCAGACCCCGACAACUUCCUGCAGCGCUUCAUCUGGCACGGUUCAGCGCCACACUGGCGAAGCCCGGUGUGGACAAACUACCUCCUUCGUGUGAGCUACGACAUGGAUGGAAUCAAGUCUUCCAUGUACAUGCCAUUGCAUCAUGACGGCGACGAGGUGUACAUGUCCUUUGGCAAGCUGACUGGCUCCUUCGGUGUGCUUCUCAGGAUGGAGAUUGACUACUCAGGCAAGGUAAGUAUACUAGCCUGGGAGAGCAACAUGUCAGUAUGGAAAGCCCUAUACACAGAGAAUGAAGAACAUGAUUGCAGUAUUUAUGGCUAUUGUGGUCCCUAUGGUUACUGCAACAAUACAGAAGCAGUCCCAGGUACUUGCAAGUGCCUUGACGGUUUCGAGCCGAGAGAUGAUAAAGGCUGGAUCGCCCGAAGGUUCUCACAGGGAUGCCGCCGGAAGGAGGUGCUAAGGUGUACAACACAUGGAGAUGGUUUCUUGACCAUUCCGGGCAUGAAGGUCCCUGACAAGUUCAUCCAUAUCCGAAGUAGAAGCCUUGACGAGUGCAAGGAGGAAUGCAGGAGCAACUGCUCCUGUGUGGCAUAUGCUUACUCCAGCAUGAGCAACAUGGAUAUUGAUGGAGAUGCCACGAGGUGCCUGGUAUGGAUGGGAGAUUUGAUCGACAUGGAGAAGUUUACCCAAGGAGGGGAGAACCUCUAUGUUCGGGCUAACAGAUUAAGAGGUACCAAGAGAAAGAUCAACACCCUACAAAUUCUAUUAGCAGUUAUGUCAAGUUUGCUGAUGCUCACAUGCAUUGGGUUUAUUUGGAUCUGUGCCUUCAAAGGCAAUCAAGGAAGAAAGAAUUUGUGGAGAAGGCCGACUCCUGGAGAUACAAGCCCUUGUUAUGAGCUUGCUGAUAGGAAAACAGAAUUUCCACUUUUGAGCUUCAUAGAAAUUUCUGCUGCGACGAAUAAUUUCUCUGAAUUCAGCAUUCUAGGCCGAGGAGGGUUUGGCAAUGUUUAUAAGGCAAGAAUGCUUUCUACUUAUAAGUGGAUUACUAAUGGAAUAUGCAAUCCGUCUGAUUCAGUUGGACUUCAUUUUCAGGGAACGUUGGAAGAUGGUUCAGAAAUUGCUGUGAAGAGGCUCUCUGCAGGUUCUGUCCAAGGGAUAGUGGAGUUCAAAAAUGAAGUAGUUCUGAUUGCCAAAUUGCAACACAGAAACUUAGUCAAACUUCAAGGCUGCUGCAUUCAUAAAGAUGAAAAACUUUUGAUUUAUGAAUACCUACCUAACGGAAGUUUGGAUGCCUUCAUAUUCAAUGAUAAACGAAAAUCACUGCUCAACUGGCCCGCAAGAUUUAAAAUAAUCAAAGGUAUUGCCAGAGGCCUACUUUAUCUCCACCAAGAUUCCAGAUUGAUGAUGAUUCAUAGAGAUCUCAAAGCGGCCAACAUACUGUUGGAUACUCAGAUGAGCCCCAAGAUAUCUGAUUUUGGUACAGCUAGAAUCUUUGGUGUCAAUGAACAUCAAGAAUAUACCGAUCGAGUUGUUGGAACAUUUGGCUACAUGUCACCUGAAUAUGCAAUGAAAGGCAUCGUCUCUGUCAAAUCCGAUGUCUACAGCUUUGGUGUAUUACUUCUGGAGAUUGUGAGUGGCUUGAAGAUUGGCACCACAGGCCUAACCGAACGCUCGCAUAACCUUAUAGAUUAUGCGUGGAGCUUAUGGAAGGAUGGUAACAUGUUGAAUCUAGUCGACUCAUCAAUUGUUGAGGGUUGUUCUCUUGAUGAAGCUCUACGAUGCAUUCAUAUCGGACUCCUGUCAGCGCAGAACAACCCAAACGCUCGCCCACUCAUGUCUUGGGUGGUAUCAAGCCUGGAUAAUGAGGCCAUGGACCUGGGUUUAAAAUUUCGAUACCAAAAAUCUUCAGAACCCAACCAAAAUAUCCGAUACUUUGCAAAUUCUGCAAGUACCGGAAAUCAUUUUGGACUUGUUCAGUCCCGGUUUCAUCGAAUUUGAAUUUUUCUUUUACCCAAUUUGAAUUUGGUCUGAAUAAGUCCAAAAAUUCUGAGAUAAAUAUGUUUAUUGAACACAAUGAAAUUACCGAAAAAGAUUGGGAUAGGCUUUCCCCAGCCAAUACAUCUUGUAUGCUUUGCGCAUUUUUAUUACGGAACUGAUGGAGUAUGGGAAAGCCAUGUAAACGGUAUUUGUGAAAGGAAUAGCAUGUUCUCAUCAAGGUAAGGUGUUUUAUUGUCAACUGUAUUUAGCUCUACUAGGGUAGUCUAUUAAGGGAGUUGCAAUGAUGCCACGGAACUAGUGACCAUAUCUGUCAUGUAAGAAACUCUUUGUUGAAUGCCUGUCUUGUCAUUGAUUCACCGUGACGCCGAUAUCUUUAUGUACGCUUUUUGUGCUUCGCUAGACUGGGUGAGUGGUCACCAUCAGGAUUGUAAUUGUGCUUGUAUUAUCUUUACUAGUGUAUUAAAGAGAUGUUGAUGCGGAAAUAGCUAACGAAACUCGGGUACGCGCGAGGAUGAAAAGCCAUCCAAUUAAAGGCCACCACGUGUCUGACGGCACAUGUAUUUUAAUUAAGUAUAUGAUGUAUAUUUCCCGUAUCUAACGAAACGCAUACGGCAUUAACUCCCCUCUCCUCCUCCCGAGCAACUCCUCUAGCCCAUCCAUUCCCCACCUCCCGUUCCCACUUCCCACCACCACCUGCUGCCGCCGUCUCGCUCCAGCGCGCCUCAUGGCCGUCGUCAACGGAGUCCCCUUUUCAUCCUUGCCGUCCUCAAGCAUGUCGUUCAUAUGCUCACCCGCACGCGCCUCCUCGAGCUCUAGCACGCCUCCUGGCCGGCGGCAAUGCGGCGCUGCGGGCUAGCUCAAGCGGUGGAGGAGGGCUUCUAGGCCGAGCUAGCUCCGGUGGCGGAACGCCUCGGCAGGGCACAUCGGCCUUCAACGAUGAGUCGAGAUGUUGGUUGGCUGCAGUGGGGCUGGCGCCUAUCUCAAUCUAGCUGCGGUGGAUCCGAUCUCAAUCUGGCUACAGACUAAAUUUGCCAGAUUUCCGUCUUAAAAAUCCUCUCUUCUCUAAUCAAAGAUCUCUCUCCUCUGUUUGCUGCCCUGUCCACUUGGAUUUAUUCUAUUUUCUGUCCCGUUUUGCUGCAGAUUUGGAAAAUCAAUCCUAAAUUAGCAGCCUACCACCAAGAACUCCACUACAAGGCAAGGCAAGGAUUCCCUAAUCCAAUCGUUCUUUCUCGCCUGAGGCAUUUGGCUCACUCCACCACCAAAUCGGUCCUACACCGCAGCAGAUUACAACCUCGUAAUCAUCACCUGAGAAGAAGAAAUCGUUCAGGUCAAGUCCAUCUGCGCAUGGCACGAGCAGAUCUCAGCUGGCCACGAUUCAUAUACGCCACAAUUUUUUUAUGUAGGAUCUAGCCCAAUUAUCUUGAUCUGGUUUCCUUUAGCCCCGCGUGUUGGUUUUGUACACAGAUUCCUUCACCUCAUUCUGAUCUGGUAGAUAAUUAUGUUUUUUAUCAUAUGGACCGGAUUCAAAAGUAAGGAUUAGUGAAUAUGCUUUAA